ACCACCAACACCACCAUCAUCCUCACCCUGGGUCGUGGUUGAGGUCUUACCCUUGAAGACAACCGUGCUGAGUGCUCCCACUGUCACCUUGAUGCUGCACAAGAAAUCGACGGAGGAGGAGGAGGACAGUGACGAUGACGAUGAUGAUGAGGAGGAGGAGUGCCGUCAUGAGGAUGAGGGCUACGAAGACGAUGACGACCACAAAGAUGACUACGACGAUGACGAUGAUGACGACGACGACGAUGAUGAUGACGGUGACGUCGCUGAUGGUGUGGACCGUGUCAACAACCACCACAGCGAUGACGAUGAUGAUGAUGACGGUGACGUCGCUGAUGAUGACGGUGACGGUGACGACGGUGACGACGACGAUGAUCACGGUGACGGUGACGAUGAUGAUGAUGUGGACCGUGUCAACAACCACCACAGCGAUGACGACGGUGACCACGACGAUGACGACGAUGAUGACGAUGAUGACGACGAUGAUGAUGAUGAUGAGGAGGAGGCGGCGGAGUGGUGGGAGCUCUCCGUGGGGAUCUCCAUGAGGAGUGCGUGGAGGAGGAGAAUGGCGCUUGGCGACGUGGUGCACCACCAGGAGGCAGAGAUCUCCACGAGGGGGGGUGGCACUACCAGCACGAUGAGGGAUCACUUUGUGGGAUGUCGCUACCACCACGCCGUGCCCCCGUCUGGAGGCGAGGUUGAAUACUGCGUCCGCGUGAGAAUCGUGGCUGACUACCCCCGGUGGAAGACAGGGGAGUGGUCUCCACUGUCCUGUGUCUCCGUCCCUCCACCACACAGCGCCGUGGCUGCUGCUGCGAUCUCCGUGUGGGCCACGGGAGAUGCGGUGUGCGAGGGAGACACGGCCACUCUACGCUGCGUAGUGUCGGACAAUCCAGACUCUGACGCAAUCCAGUGGAGCAACCCUCACUGGGCAGACACUCUACUUCCAGAGCGUCAAGGCUCUACCCGGCUGGACGUCACCAUCUCCCGCGUCUCCACGGGGGACCAGGGGCUCUACAGCUGCUCCCUCUUCAGCCUGGAGACCCCCACGGCGUACGCCCUGCUCACCGUUCUGGCGCUGUCUCUGGCGCCGUUCCUGGCGUGCGCCGCGUGGGGCAUUUGGAGCUUCGGCAAGCGUCCCGGCAAGCGUCCCGGUGCCACUGUCGGCCCACGCCGCUGA